GGCACAGCCCCCCCCGGCCAUGGGGCAGAGCGAGUCGCAGCAGGAGGCUGAGGGCACGGUGCUGAGGGGGCUGCUGGCCGUAUUCAGCAGGGAGCAGCUCCCGGCGCGUGCGGUGCUGGGGACAAUCCUGGGCCUCGCCAUCAUCGUCAUGGCUGUGGCCGUGCUGGGCUGGUGGCUUCGCCUCAAGAAAGUCCCCGCUCAGGAGCCUCCCCGGUACCGCUUCCGCAAGAGGGACAAAGUCCUGUUCUACAGCCGCAAGAUCAUGCGUAAGGUGUCCCAGUCCACGUCCUCGCUGGUGGACACCUCGGUGGCCAGCGGGGCCGCGCGGCUGCGCAGCCGCAAGAAGCUCAAGGUGCUCAGCAUCGCCAAAAAGGUCUCAGCCAGCUUCCUGCGCAUCCAGAAGGAACCUCCCACGCUGCAGCUGAAGGAGCCUCCACCCUCGGUGCUGGAGGCCGACCUGACCGAGUUCGACGUGGCCUCGUCACACCUGCCCUCAGAGGUGCUCUACAUGCUCAAGAACGUCCGGGUGCUGGGACACUUUGAGAAGCCGCUGUUCCUGGAGCUGUGCAAGCACAUGGUGUUCCAGCAGUGCCAGCAGGGCGAGGACGUGUUCCGGCCCGGCCAGCCCGACACCAGCAUCUACGUCCUGCAGGAGGGCAAGCUGGAGCUGCUGCUCACCGAGAGCGACGGGAAGGAGACGGUGAUGAAGGAGGUGUUCCCUGGGGACAGCGUGCACAGCCUGCUCAGCAUCCUGGACGUCAUCACGGGCCACCAGCGGCCGUACCGGACAGUCUGUGCCCGCGCCGCCGAGGACUCCACGGUUCUGCGCCUGCCGGUCGAGGCCUUCUCGGCCGUGUUCGAGAAGUACCCCGAGAGCCUGGUCAGGGUGGUGCAGAUCAUCAUGGUGAGGCUGCAGCGUGUCACCUUCCUGGCCUUGCACAACUACCUGGGUUUGACCAACGAGCUCUUCAGCCAUGACAUGCAGCCCCUGCGGCUCUUCCCUCAGCCCGGCCACGCCGCCCGCACCAGCCCCGUCCGGCACAGCAAGCGCGGCCUGGGCAGCACCGACGAGGGCCGGGACACCGCCGAGCUGAUAAAAGCCGCCGGCCUGGAGACGCCGGUGCCGCCGCCGCCGCCGCUGAGCCGCUGCAUCUCCAUGCCCGUGGACAUCUCUGGCAUCCAGAGGGGUCCUCGCUCGGAUUUUGACAUGGCGUACGAGCGCGGGCGCAUCUCGGUGUCGCUGCAGGAGGACGGCAGCGGCGCCUUCGGGCAGGUGUCCCAGGAGCCCAAGGAGCGCAAGUCGGUGACUCUGGAGGAGCAGCCCUCGGGGAUUUACCACUACAGCUCCUGCGAGGACACGGGGACGGGGACGGGGACAGGGACAGGGACGGGGACAGGGAUGGGGACAGGGAUGGGGACGUGUCCCUUCGGGCCCUACCAGGGCCGCCAGACCAGCGACAUCUUCGAGGAGGCCAAGAGGGAACUCAUCAAACUCAUGAAGGUUGAGGACCCUUCUCUGCUCAACAACCGUGUCCUGCUCCACCACGCCAAGGGUGGCACGGUCAUCGCCCGCCAGGGUGACCAGGACGUGAGCCUGCACUUUGUGCUCUGGGGCUGCCUGCACGUGUACCAGCGCAUGAUCGACAAGGAGGAGGACGUGUGCCUGUUCCUCACGCAGCCGGGCGAGCUCGUGGGCCAGCUGGCCGUGCUCACGGGCGAGCCCCUCAUCUUCACCAUCAAGGCCAACCGCGACUGCAGCUUCCUCAAGAUCUCCAAGUCCGACUUCUACGAGAUCAUGCGGGAGCAGCCCAGCGUGGUGCUGAGCGUCGCCCACACCGUGGCCGCCCGCAUGUCGCCCUUCGUGCGCCAGAUGGAUUUCGCCAUCGACUGGAUGGCCGUGGAGGCCGGCCGGGCUCUGUACAGGCAGGGGGACAAGUCGGACUGCACGUACAUCGUGCUCAACGGGCGGCUGCGCUCCGUCAUCCAGAAGGGCAGCGGCAAGAAGGAGCUGGUGGGGGAGUACGGCCGAGGAGACCUGGUGGGAGUGGUGGAGGCGCUGACUCGGCAGCCCCGGGCCACCACGGUGCACGCGGUGAGGGACACGGAGCUGGCCAAGCUGCCCGAGGGGACUCUGAACAACAUCAAGAGGAGAUACCCACAGGUGGUCACCCGCCUCAUCCACCUCCUGAGCCAGAAGAUCUUGGGCAACCUCCAGCAGCUCCGCGGGCCCUUCCCAGGGUCCGGCCUGGGCGUGGCGUCCAGCUCGGAGCCCAUCAACCCCACCAGUAACCUGUCGACGGUGGCCGUGCUGCCCGUGUGUGACGAGGUGCCCAUGGCGGCCUUCACGCUGGAGCUGCAGCACGCGCUCAGCGCCAUCGGCCCCACGCUGCUGCUGACCAGUGACAUCAUCCGCGCCCGCCUUGGCUCCUCGGCUCUGGAGAGCAUCCAGGAGUACCGGCUGUCGGGCUGGCUGGCGCAGCAGGAGGAUCUGCACCGCAUCGUGCUCUACCAGACCGACUGCACGCUGACCCCCUGGACCCUGCGCUGCAUCCGCCAGGCGGAUUGCAUCCUCAUCGUGGGGCUGGGAGAGCAGGAGCCGGCACUGGGAGAGCUGGAACAGAUGUUGGAGAACACAGCGGUGCGGGCUCUGAAGCAGCUGGUGCUGCUGCACCGCGAGGACGGCGCUGGCCCGGCCCGCACGGUCGAGUGGCUCAACAUGCGCAGCUGGUGCUCGGGCCACCUGCACAUCCGCUGUCCUCGCCGCGUCUUCUCCCGCCGCAGCCCGGCCAAGCUGCGGGAGAUGUACGAGAAGGUGUUUGAGAAGAGCCCCGACCGCCACAGCGACUUCUCGCGCCUGGCGCGCGUCCUCACGGGGAACACCAUCGCACUGGUGCUGGGCGGCGGCGGUGCCAGGGGCUGCUCUCACAUCGGGGUCAUCAAGGCCAUGGAGGAGUCGGGGAUCCCCAUCGACCUGGUGGGGGGCACCUCCAUCGGAGCCUUCAUCGGCGCGCUCUACGCCGAGGAGCGCAGCGCCGUACGCACCAAACAGCGCGCCAGGGAGUGGGCCAGGUGCAUGAAUUCCGUUUUCGAGACCGUGCUGGACCUCACCUACCCCAUCACCUCCAUGUUCUCGGGCUCGGCCUUCAACGCCAGCAUCAACCGCGUCUUCCAGGACAAACAGAUCGAGGACCUCUGGCUGCCCUACUUCAACGUCACCACGGACAUCACGGCCUCGGCCAUGCGGGUGCACACGGACGGCAGCCUCUGGCGCUACGUCCGAGCCAGUGCCUCCUAUACCCCCUACCUGCCUCCGCUCUGCGACCCCAAGGACAGCCACUGGCUGGUGGAUGGCUGCUAUGUUAACAAUGUCCCAGGCUCGCUCUGGCGUUACGUACGCGCCAGCAUGACCCUGUCGGGCUACCUGCCCCCGCUGUGUGACCCCAAGGACGGCAACCUCCUCAUGGACGGGGGGUACAUCAACAACCUGCCAGCCGACAUCGCGCGCAACAUGGGCGCCAAGACGGUGAUCGCCAUCGACGUGGGCAGCCAGGACGAGACCGACCUGUGCAACUACGGCGACUCGCUGUCGGGGUGGUGGCUGCUCUGGACACGCCUCAACCCCUGGGCCGAGAAGGUCAAGGCGCCGGCCGUGUCCCCAGUGCCCGGUCCCGGGUCCCGGCAGGUGCCGGACAUGGCGGAGAUCCAGUCGCGCCUGGCUUACGUGUCGUGCGUGAGGCAGCUCGAGGUGGUCAAGUCCAGCUCGUACUGCGAGUACAUCCGGCCACCCAUCGACCGCUUCAAGACCAUGGACUUCGGCAAGUUCGACGAGAUCUACGACGUGGGCUACCAGCACGGCAAGUUGGUGUUCGAGGGCUGGAGCCGCGGGGACGUCAUCGAGAAGAUGGUGAAGGAUCGGCGCUCGGCCGACUUCUACGAGAGCAAACGCAUGGACGUGCUCACCUGUCCCAGUGCCGGUUUCACAGACCUGGCUGAGAUCGUGUCACGGAUCGAACCCGCCCAGCCCUACCUGUCCGACGGCUACGGCGACGAGGAAUCCGAUUACCUGACCGAGUACGAGGACGAGGGCCCGGAGUCGCUGCGGGGCGAGGAGGACGCGGCCGAGUGGGGCAGCAACGAGGCCGAGGAGGAGAAGUCCCUUCGGCACCGCCCCAGCCUGGCCGGGACCCCCCCCGCCCCCCCCAGCGGACCCCGAUGGCUUCUGAGGGACCCGAGGUGGCACCGCCCCUCCCCCACCCCGCAACGGGGGUCCCCCAAUGUCCCCACCCCAAAAUGGGGGUCCCUGCCCUGCCCCCAACCCCCCCAACAGCUCGUUCUAGCACUUUCUCACAGGGCUUUGGACCCCCCCAGUGUCCUCAGGGGGGUCCUGGGACCCCCAAACCUCCCCCCAAAAUCCCCUCAGUGUCACCUCCCCUACCUGCGGUGACAUGGGGGGGGGAGGGGGGAAGGGGGGGGACCCGACACCCCCAAAAAUCCCCUCGGGGGUGGGGUCCUGGGACUCCCAAAAUCCCCCUAAAAUCCCCCCAAAGUCCCCUCAAGGGGGGGACCGGGGAUCCCCCCAGAUCUACCCCAGUGUCCCCAGUAUCCCAUCCCCCACCCAGGGUGACACUGGGAAGGGUCCCGGGACCCCCAAAAUCCCCCCGGUGUCCCCUCCCCCCUCCCCGCUCUGUUGCACUGUCCCUCCCCCCCCGGCCGGCCAGGGGGGGGCGCUGCUGUAAAUUUUAUUUUCUUUUUUCCAAGGUUUUUUUUUUUUUUGUUGGUUGUUGUUUUUUUUUUUUGUUGUUUUUGUUUUUUUUGUUUUUGUUUUUUUUUUAACGGUUCUUACGCAAAUCCAGGCCGGCUGGAUGGGUUCUUGAUUAAUUAUUGAUUAAUUAUCGGUUAAUUAUUAAUUAAUAAUUGGUGAAUUAUUGA